CGUACACGCCUCCUGCUAUUGCUGUAAUUUGGGUUUUGGAUUGCAAAUUUGCAGUCGCCCCAACGGAGUGUGUGUUCUUUCUCACCACUCUAACUUCAUAUAAGAAUAAUACUAAUAAUCUGUUCCCCUUCUAGAUCUUGCCCUUUUUUCUCCCCUUUUUCCUUGAUUUUGCUUGGAGAGCGAUGGAUUACGAAGGAGAUUUCGACGAUCACAUCCCGCCCCCUUCGUUUGAUAGGAUGACAAAUUUGGGGAAAGAUGCAGUAGUGGGCAAAGGAGGAUUCAACCCAGGAUUGAUUGUGUUGCUGGUGGUGGGUGGGCUGCUGCUGCUAUUCCUGAUUGGAAAUUAUGCUCUGUAUCUGUAUGCCCAAAAGACCCUUCCCCCAAAGAAGAAGAAGCCCAUUUCCAAGAAGAAGAUGAAGAGGGAGAGACUCAAGCAAGGUGUGUCAGCACCUGGAGAAUAAUCAUUAAUGGUAAGAAUUAGCCUGAACUAGCACUUGCCCAUUUCAAGAACUUCGGCAAUUAUAAUGCAAGAAAGAACACUUGUUUGUUUACACAGGGUUUUAGACUAUAGAUUUGGAACCACCAUCCACCCAACCAUGUUGAUCUCUUUUUUACAUGUUUGGUUGUAAUUUGUUGUUUGUUCUGUUUGCUGGAGAUUUAGACAUAUAUCUCGUCAUCAUCAUCAUUUUGUUUAAAUUUCAGUUGGGAGGUUCUGGAUUUUUGGAA